AUGAAGAUGAAACUUCUGAUUGCGCAUCCUGCAGCACUCAACCGCGAAAAGGCGGCUCGGCACUUUGGAUCCCUGGACGGAGAGCUCUUGGUCGGCUCCGCGGAACUUUACGAACAGGCAACAAAGCUUUGCAUGGCCUAUUCUGACCACAAGCCGCCGCCGCCGUGCCUAAACACUGUUCUAUCGAAAGCCAAGCGAUAUACAAUUCUACUCGCCAAUGACGAGGAUUCAGCCCCGGUGUCAAUGUCUCCGAGUAUCAUUGAAGACAUAGCCAGUCGUAACCUUGAGAGGGAGUGGGACAGGGUAGCUAUCAUCGCCAACUGCUGCCAGUACACCAAUCGUUUGAACAGUGCACAGCUCCAGAGUGACAGGCACAGUCUUAGUCUGGCCAUCCUUACACUUGUUCUGAUGAAUGGGGAAAUACUGUCGAAUCAUCCUCGAGACAAGCUCGACGCGACAAAAAUGACUAUCACGGAGUUUCUGCACGGGCAUUUCUUUUAUGGGCUGGAGUCUCCGUGGAAAAAGGCCAAACUUACUUUUAAUAAGAGUUGCCGCUUUGCCAAUGUCAUUUUGACGGAAGAGGGUGUUCAGACUGAGGGUUAUUUAUGGCGGUUGGACGACGAGAUCAUAACGACGCAGUUUCAGAACUGCCUUCAACCCCGCGGAAAGAAAAGGCAUCGGCAAUUGACGAAGCGACCACUCGAGUGGCUGGCAGAGGAACUGGCUCCUCACUACCCCGUCCUGUCCCAGAGACUGGACGAAAUUAUGGACCUUGAAGUGCCAUCCUCAGCUGCAGAAGAAUGGCUGCUAAGUAUGGUAGAUAAGGUGGAAGAGGCUAUAGUGCAGGGAAAACUACUUUGCACAGCCACUUUGCUCGGUCCUGGACCUCUAGGCGUUGCUGUCUUUGUCCAGCCGGAAGACUAUGAGGACGAAAGCACUGGCACUGGCUCUGAAAUGAGUCUUGAUAUUGAUGAGGACUGUUACGUUUUCACGUCCUUUCAGCGUGCGCAGACUGAUCGUGGGGGGUUUGACCUCAAUGAUCUGGACAAGCAUGUCUCGCUGGAGGUUGAUUACGAUCCUGGGAAGGGUUACGCACAAGUCCCUCGGUUAUACACAAGGCGCUGGAUUCACGGAUUGUGUUUCUACCAUGGCUGUUCUCCACGACCAGUUACAUUUCCGUGGCCAUUAUCGUUGAGGGGCCUAUAG